AAGUGUGUCAUCUCGGUGGUUUUAGUUCUCCACUUAAAGACGUAAAAUUUCAGUUACAGAUUUGCUUAAAAAAUACCAGCAGUGUCUAAAUCGACUUCUUUUACCCUAACGGUCAUUUGUGUCCUAAGAGCAAACAAAUGCACAAAGAAAUUUGAUUGUUAAAGGACUAAGUAUCUGAAACACCAAUUUUCUUCUGACUACAUCUUGGCAAGGCGAACUGCAAAGUUAAGAGAUUCAUACACCUCUUGCCGCUCCUCUGUCAUGCAAGGUGACUAAAUAGGAAGAUGAAGACAAAGAGAUGUAGUAAAGCGCACUUCACCUUCCUUGUCAUGAUAAUCUUUUCUUUAUGUUUGCAAACAAGUACAAAUCAUACUGAUUAUCCCAGGUUUAUAAACAAAACCUGGAAUCCCAUCAGCGAAAACCCAAGCAGAAGCCAGAACAUAACAGAAGCCAAUACAAAUUCUCCCCUGACCAUCAAUUUCAGCAGCAAAACAACUACUUUGGAAAUGCAGAUAGCUACCCUGCAACCCUUAGCUUCAAUGAUGGCCCCAAAUUCAACAUUUUCCCCUGCCACAAGUGCUGUUUCUGUCACCGGAGGACCUAGAAAUACCAGCAAACCCAAGAGUACAAUGACAAAAGAAACAUGUGAAGACAAUAAGUCUCUUAUACUGAUUUGCUUCAUUGUAAUAGCAGUACUGGUGCUUAUCUGCACCUUCUUAUUCUUGUCGACAGUCAUAAUCGCAAACAAAAUGUCAUAUCUAAAAAAAACUAUGCAAGGAAAACGUAGGCCCAGAAGCAAUGGGGAUAUUCUGGCGACUAACAGUCUAUGGCCAAGUGCAGCAGGAACAUGGCAGAGGAUGUCUAAGGAGACCGCGGGAGCUGACUUGACAAUGCAAGACUUCAUACUAGGGAGAGACACUGCAAUGCAAAGGAAAAGUGAAGAGGAAACUAAGAAACUCAUGAAAGAAAUGGACAAUGAACAGGGAAAUGAAGAAUCAUCGAAGUCACACAAACCCAUCUUAACCAAUUUUGUAGUUGAGAUUUAAUAAAUAUGCAGGUAAAACUAAGCUUUUACCUUUUAAGGCCAUUAACAAAAGGCAAAAACUUAGCUUUCAAGUAACAACAUGAAUUUUAACACAGGAAAUCUAAAUUAGCAUUUUAAGGUUUUUCCUUUUAUGAGUGGGAAUGCUGCAGAGCAACUUGUAGAUCUAAAAGGGAAUAAGACUGUAUUAACGAGUUUUCUAUAAAUAAGCAAGAGUGGUUCUACUCCUUUGACCAGAAAUCACAGCCACAGGAGCUGAAGGAGAUAAAACAAAAAGAGAGGUCUGCUCAUUCUCAAAGAUCAUGAGGGGAAAAAAAGGGAAGGAUUGCCAGCUCAAUAAAUGUAUAGUACCAGAAGAUGGUACACAGGUACAAACAAGCUGCUUUUUCAAGGAAACCAUAAUUCAAUCCCAACUUAUAUACAACUACAGAAUCAGUCCCUCUCAAAAUGCCCUUUUAGGUUUUUCCAAAAAGAACUAAUUUAACCAGCUUAAUUGCUUUUGAAGCAGACUGAGUUUUGAAUCAUAUUUAUUGUACUUCAACUUUGUGUGCAAAUAUAUUAAGUUUGUAUUUUAUGUUAGACUAUGAGAACUCUUUCAGUUUGUCAUCUCCAAUAAACUACUGACAUGUUAAAAUAACUUACGUGACACUAUUUCUCUAAGUGAAAACAUUACAAAAAAUAUUACACAAGGUAUUUUUGAAUAUUAUAUUUCUGUAGCAUUUGCUGAAGGACAGCAAAAGUCUUCUCUGAAGGAGAGCUGUGAUUUCUUGCAUCAUGGAAACACACUCCACUUUGUCCUAACACAACCAAUUAGGAGAAGCCAAAUAUUUCUUCAAAACCACCACAACUAUUUCCCUUAUUCUCAGAAAGAGCUGAAAUACCCAUAUUUCUGGGAAGAUGUCUGUGUCUGGUCUCACUACUGCAGAGCUUUGUUAUUUUAAGGAAACACAAGAAGCUUCUCCCAGGCUACUUCCCGGGUUAAAGACGACUUUCUGCCCCGUGGUAACAAGUGCUAAAACUGUAGUGACAAAGCUCUAAACAUCCUGUGCAUGAAGAAUCAAGACAUCAGACUGAAACCCCAAUUCACCUUCCAUUACAUCACCUACAUACUUAUCUGA